AUGACCCUUGACCCGGGGAGUCAAAAGGGCGAUGCAGAGGAUGCAGAGUACACUGUCAUACAUGACAACGAUGUGGAGGACCUCUUACAGGAAGACCCUUAUGAAACGAUAGAGUCUUUGGAUGACAACGAUGUUGAGAACAUCUCACAGAAAGACCCUUAUGAAAAGAUCAAUGUCCAUGAGGGAGGAAACCCCUGCUCUCUUUAUCAGAGCAACACAGACUACAUAGACAACCGUAAUAUAAUCAACUUUGGAAGCAGCAUUCAAGGACAAGCAAAUCCUUUCAUCAUACCAGUGCCCAAAGCAGUACCGUCCUCAAUAACAAUACGAGUGGAGGUGUAUGACAACGAUGGCACCUCCAUUGAUGACCACCUGGACACAUUCUCUAAGCUGAUAAACAUCAAAGCUACUGCUACAAAAGAGACAGCUAUGUACACCCAAUACAUAUUGAGGGGAAGGACAGAGUUAAAUAUUGCAGUCCGUGCAUACUGCGACACGGAUUGGUACGGGUCAACGUGUGAGAAAUAUUGCAAGGCUACUACCAAUCACAGUCACUACAGGUGCCGCCUACAAACAGGUGCAAAAGUGUGCUUUGAAGGUUGGAAGGGAGACAACUGCGAUCAGGACAUCGACGAAUGCAAAGAAAUUGACAACACAUGUCAAAAUGGGGGAAGGUGUAGAAAUACACUCGGCAGUUUUGAGUGCAUUUGUAUCGAGGGAAUAAAAGGAAGGCGAUGUGAAAACAUCAUCAACCAAUGUGCAGUUGCACCAUGUCUGAACGGAGGGACAUGUAACGGAAACGAAACAGCCUUCAACUGCGCAUGCUCAGUAGAGUGGACUGGAGAGACCUGCGCAGAGAAGGUUAAUGUCUGUGACAGCUCCCCCUGUAACAGAGGGAACUGUACAUCGGACCUCCUGACGGCAACUCGGUUCAAGUGUAACUGUGAUUUUGCAUGGGUAGGAGAAAGAUGCAGUCUGUAUGUUGAUAUUGUCAAUAUCACGCUCCUGGGUGAGAUUGAUCAUACAAAUAGAGGUGACCUGGCUGAUGGCAUGAACAGACUCAUCACAGAACUCGGGGUAAUUCCAGGAAAGGUGGAUAUCAAGUUUAUGACAAAUUCACAUACAGAAAACAAUUUUACUACAACUUACGUACAAUUCUACUCUGCUGUGGAGAACGGCUUCUUUAUAGAAAGUCCUUUUUUGGAUGAGAUCUUCGAAUCCAACCCUGACGAAGUCAUCAAUGAAUAUCUGCCUCUUCCGUUGUACCCUCCCCGAGAAGAAGCGAACGCAAACACGAAGAUGACGCCUGCGAUGCCAAGAAUUGUGGUUACUGAUGUCUUAUAA